CUGGCGUUUUAGUGGCUUCCCUGAUAACUCUUCUCUCCCUCUCUCUGUUCUACAUUUCUUUUUUUUCCAGCUGUAGGUUCCCGUAAAUGGGAUCCGAUGACAUCCUCAUCCACUUUCAGCCCUCCCAUCCUAUUGCUCCUAGUCUCACCUCACCAAACCACAUUGGUCACAGCGGUUACCGGAGCCUGACGCCUGCUGCCCGGGCGUUGGUUGGUGUCUCCCGUCCAACGCUUCCCGGUGACUGACCAGACUUUCUAACAAUAUACGGCCAGCUGCCGUGUGACAUUCUUUUGGAUGUAUCGCUCAGCGCCGGCGGUGACUGGAGUGGCAAGGCUUCGAUGCAUGGAGUGGACAGGUACUCCCGGGCGGCAAGACCACCGGACCUACUUAGGCGAUGACUGCGACUGUUGUUGGAAAUGGAUACCUCAUAUGCAGGUGGCUUCAGGGAUCUUCCCGGCCGAAUCU